GUCAUCGUAUCCCCUUCAGGACCCCCUCGCUGAACGGCCAGUCACUCUUUGCCUUUGAGCAGCAGGCAUGUCCCCUCUUGAAUGCCUCUCCCCGACCCCCGCCCCAAGCGACUGAAAAAGGAAACAUGCGCACUUCAGAGCUAGGAGCUGUCCGAGUGCUGAAAUUUAUAGGCUGGAGUCUUUCUGGAAUCAUUUCGGGAUAUUUUCCACAAGCAUCACAGAUACAGGAAUGAACCGGCAGCUAGUGAACAUUUUGACAGCCUUGUUUGCAUUUUUCUUAGAGACAAACCACUUCAGGACGACUUUCUGCAAGGACCAUGACUCCAGGUCAGGAAAACAACCUUCACAGACCCUAUCGCCUUCAGAUUUCUUGGACAAAUUAAUGGGAAGGACAUCAGGAUACGAUGCAAGAAUCAGGCCAAAUUUUAAAGGUCCUCCAGUAAACGUUACUUGCAAUAUUUUUAUCAACAGUUUUGGAUCAGUCACAGAAACCACCAUGGACUACCGAGUGAACAUUUUUCUGAGACAACAGUGGAAUGAUUCACGGUUGGCAUACAGUGAGUACCCAGAUGAUUCCCUGGACUUGGACCCAUCUAUGCUAGACUCCAUUUGGAAACCAGAUUUGUUCUUUGCCAAUGAGAAAGGCGCUAACUUCCAUGAUGUCACCACUGACAACAAAUUGCUGCGGAUUUCAAAAAAUGGCAAAGUGCUCUACAGUAUCAGACUCACCUUGACCUUAUCCUGUCCCAUGGACUUGAAGAACUUUCCAAUGGAUGUCCAGACCUGUACAAUGCAGCUGGAGAGUUUUGGGUACACAAUGAAUGACCUGAUAUUUGAGUGGUUAAGUGAUGGUCCAGUGCAAGUUGCUGAAGGAUUGACCCUGCCCCAGUUCAUUUUGAAAGAAGAGAAGGAACUUGGCUACUGCACAAAGCACUACAACACUGGAAAGUUUACCUGCAUUGAAGUCAAGUUUCACCUGGAACGCCAAAUGGGAUAUUAUUUGAUUCAGAUGUACAUCCCCAGCCUGCUGAUAGUCAUUUUAUCAUGGGUCUCCUUCUGGAUAAACAUGGAUGCAGCCCCUGCCAGGGUUGCACUGGGUAUCACCACAGUCUUAACAAUGACCACCCAGAGUUCAGGCUCCAGGGCAUCUCUGCCAAAGGUCUCCUAUGUAAAAGCGAUUGACAUCUGGAUGGCGGUGUGCCUUCUGUUUGUGUUUGCUGCCUUACUGGAAUAUGCAGCGGUGAACUUUGUCUCCAGGCAACACAAAGAGUUCCUGCGCCUCCGAAGAAGACAGAAGAGGCAGAAUAAGGUACAGUUGGCCCUCAGUGCAGACAAAGUCAUUAGAGCUUGA